UCGCUCCCUCGCUCCCUCGCUCGCUCUUCGCUAGCUCGCUCCGGGGACACGAUGCGCUCGGGGCCCGGAGGCUGCUGCUGCAGCCCUCGCCGCCGCCCGCUGCGGCCGAACGGCUGCCUGGCCAACGGAGAGGUGCGGAACGGCUACGUCAGGAGCGGCGGCGCCGUCGCCUCGGACGCCCCCGGCCAGGUCCAUCAUGUUAUGCAAAAUGGAGGACUAUAUAAAAAACCAUUUAAUGAAGCAUUUGAAGAGACCCCAAUGCUGGUUGCUGUGCUUACUUAUGUGGGAUAUGGUGUACUUACCCUCUUUGGAUAUCUUCGAGAUUUCUUGAGGCAUUGGAGAAUUGAGAAAUGUCACCAUGCAACAGAAAGAGAAGAACAAAAGGACUUUGUGUCAUUGUAUCAGGAUUUUGAAAACUUCUAUACAAGGAACCUGUACAUGAGGAUCAGAGACAAUUGGAAUCGGCCGAUCUGCAGUGUGCCUGGAGCCACGGUGGACAUCUUGGAGAGACAGUCUCACGAUUACAACUGGUCAUUCAAGUAUACAGGGAAUAUAAUUAAAGGUGUUAUAAACAUGGGUUCCUACAACUAUCUUGGAUUUGCACAAAAUACUGGCCCCUGUCAAGAAGCAGCUGCCAAAGUCCUAGAGGAGUACGGAGUUGGAGUUUGUAGCACUCGGCAGGAAAUUGGAAACCUCGACAAGCAUGAAGAACUUGAGAAACUUGUAGCAAGAUUCUUGGGUGUAGAAGCUACUAUGGCAUAUGGCAUGGGAUUUGCAACAAAUUCAAUGAACAUUCCUGCUCUUGUUGGCAAAGGCUGUCUGAUUCUGAGUGAUGAGCUAAACCACGCGUCCCUGGUUCUAGGUGCCAGACUCUCAGGAGCAACCAUUCGCAUCUUCAAACACAACAAUAUGCAAAGCCUAGAGAAGUUAUUGAAAGAUGCCAUUGUUUAUGGUCAACCUCGGACACGAAGACCCUGGAAGAAAAUUCUCAUUCUUGUGGAGGGAAUCUAUAGCAUGGAAGGAUCAAUUGUUCGCCUUCCUGAAGUGAUUGCCCUUAAGAAGAAAUACAAGGCAUACUUAUAUUUAGACGAAGCUCAUAGCAUUGGGGCGUUGGGCCCAACAGGCCGAGGUGUGGUAGAAUAUUUUGGCCUGAAUCCUGAGGACGUGGACGUGAUGAUGGGCACAUUCACCAAGAGCUUUGGUGCAUCUGGAGGAUACAUUGGAGGCAAGAAGGAGCUGAUAGACUACCUGCGGACUCAUUCUCAUAGUGCAGUGUAUGCCACGUCCCUGUCACCGCCUGUUGUGGAACAGAUUAUCACCUCUAUGAAGUGUGUCAUGGGGGAGGAUGGCACCACACUUGGCAUACAGUGUGUGCAGCAGUUAGCUGAGAACACCAGGUAUUUCCGGAGGCGUCUGAAACAGAUGGGCUUCAUCAUCUAUGGAAAUGAAGAUUCUCCCGUGGUGCCUUUGAUGCUGUACAUGCCAGCAAAAAUUGGCGCUUUUGGACGGGAGUUGCUGAAGCGCAACAUUGGUGUAGUGGUGGUGGGAUUUCCUGCCACACCCAUCAUUGAGUCCAGAGCCAGGUUUUGCCUGUCGGCAUCUCAUACCAAAGAAAUGCUUGACACUGCAUUAAAAGAGAUUGAUGAAGUCGGGGACCUGUUGCAGAUCAAGUAUUCCCGUCACCGGUUGGUUCCUCUCCUGGACAGACCCUUUGAUGAGACGACAUAUGAAGAGACAGAAGACUGAGCCUUUUUGGUGCUCCUAAGAGAACUCUCCCUCACGCCGGGCAGCGCGUGGCCUUCUGAGCCAGUGCCAGGAGCCACAUUUCUGCGGCCACCUCAUCUGACAGACAUUUCCUCAACUCCUUGAUGGUGGCCACAGCCCCUCGCAAUGGCAUUUUGUAAAUAGUAAAAGUCACUUCACUUCCUUCCUUUGCUACAUUUCACCUUUAAAAGAAGAGGUGACUCACUUGGCAUUUUCGUCAUUAAAAAAAACGUUUUCUUUUAUAACCAUUCUACAUGUGAAAUCACAUUAGCCGUGGACCAUCUCUGGCUCACCACCAGGCCUUUUCCUCCCUUGGCCACCUGUGGACUUGGCCUCUGAACAGCUUCUGCUGGCCCCGGCACAGCUGCCUCCCUCAGGAGCAAGUGCCUUCUGCCGGCCACCACCCUGGGUCUCAGAGGCAGCGGCCAUGGGACCGUUACUGAGCCGGUCAAAUUAUCAUGGGAAAUGUUCUCCCUCAGUCUUCAGUUUUGCCUUUUCAGAGCAGCAGUCCACUGUUGCUCUUCCUGGCUAGGCGCCUCCGAGCCGGGGCCUGGUCCCCUCUGAUCCCCCUCCAGAUGGUCUCUUCCUUCCAUCACAUUCCUUCUUAUGGAGGUCACCAUCUGUGAGGACGUCCUGCUACUGGCUUCUUCUCAACUCACCAACCACUCCCACCCCUAGUGGAAAUGCUCUGUCCAGCAGCCCUCAGCCUGGGCCAGCCUUCCCUUCCCAUUUCUUUCGAAUCUGCUCAGGAGAGUGACAGGUGCUUGCCAGAUGAGAGGACAGGGACGGUUUGAUGAGAAGUGAAACUGCAGUGUCCAUCACUCUCUUUUUCUCCAGUGCAUACAGUCUCUGCCUGGGUCUGUUUCCAUGUUAGGAUAGAACUGGAAAGGUUGGUAGCUGCUUUGCUCAGAAGUCCUUUGUCAUGUGUCUGUUGAAGGACUUAACCCUUUCAAAGUAUGGCCCAUUUAAACCCCACUCUUUGGAAUACUAGAUCUCUUUGUUGGUGUCCUGAGAGGAUUCUAACAUGGUUCUAGAGCUUAGGUCUUCCUAUCCGUCCAUUUUGGUAUUUUUCCUGACAAGUUCUGUACACGUAACUUUGCUAAGCUGGGGUCCUCCAUUUGCAGUCUUACUUUGAUACUAGAAAAGGGGAUUUCUGUCAGAGAGCUUUAUUAACUGCCUGACCAAAGAACAAAUGUGAACAGAAUCAUGUGGAAGUUCUUACUUCACUGUGAUGACCAAAGCUUACGUGAGCAGAGCUUGUUUUUAACUUAUAUGUGCCAUCAGUUUAUCUUUCUGUAGCUGUCAGGAAUGCAGGGAUGGCUUGGGAACAGCAUGGGGGAAAGAUGUGCAAUAGUUUCGCAUGGCUUCUUUUAUUGGUGAAGAUUCGCAGUCCAAAUUCUUCCAGGCAUCUGAUCCCUAGCUGGUA